AUGAAGGCAGACAAAGAGCAGGGGACUAGAGAGGAACCGUUGAGAAGAUCAGAUCAGGAUCAAAAUUUGGCAAACAUGCAGUUGCCCCUCUUUUUGUUCCUGUCUUUGAUAUGGAACUGUGCAGCACAAAAGACUGUGGUUACAGAAUAUGAAGAAUGUGGGGAAAGAGAAAUAGAUCUAGCGUUUCUCAUAGACUCAUCCGGAAGUAUUGGAUCAUCAAAUUUUAAGCUGAUGCGUAAAUUUUUAGUGGACUUCAUUAAUGAAAAUGCAAUAAACACCGGCUCUGUCAAGGUAGCACUGGUAUCAUUUUCCUCAUAUUCAAAGGUCGAGUUUCAUUUUAAUACUCACGACAGCACAGAAGCUGUCCAACGUGCGAUCAAAAAGAUGACCUACAUGAGCAGAGCAACAAAUAUGACAGGAGGACUCAGUACCGUGCGAACAGACGUGUUCAAUAAAGACAAUGGCGAUAGAAACGAGGUCGGUGAUCUUGUCCUAUUGUUUAGUGACGGACAACCAAAUGUAGAAGCUGGUAAACGAUUGAAGAAGGAACUGCAGUUGUGGAAAGGAGAAGGAACGAAGAAAAUACCAAUAUUUGCCAUGGGAAUUGGAAAGGCUUAUCAGAAAGAAGAAAAUAAGCAGCUUUUACGAUCAAUUGCGACCAACGGUAUGGUUGACAACGAAAAUAUCGGUUUUGUUGAUUCAUACGGAGCUAUGGACAGUCUCAGGGCGGACAUUUUCAAACAGAUUUGUAGAGUAAUCAAGAAGGUUUCAACAGUUAAAGAUGGUGAUCCGUGUUACGAAGAAGGACAAGUGGUAAACUCAAGAUGCAAACGAUUCACUUGUCAAAAUGGCCGUUGGUUCAAGGCGUGGAAAGGAUGUAUAUUUAACGGCUGUAUGGACUGGGAUGAAGAGAAAAUGGAUGGGUGUAAUAGGUACAAAUGUUUGAGAAAAAGUGAAUGUCUUGAUGAUGAUAGAAACUUCUGCCUCGGAUUUAACGUCAAAUUGCAAAAUGUCGGUUGUCGAGUAAAAGGAAAAUGUAUCGAGGAAAAUUCCAUCUGGAAGGAUGAUUCGACUUGUGAAGCGUACCAAUGUAAACGAGGACAAGAUAAGGAUGGCAAGGCUGUGGGUGAAGUGGAAAUGACAGACGCAGGAUGUAUGGAUCCGGACGGUGUAUGUAGAGAUAUAGGAUUUAAAUACAGCAGCCACUGUAUCGGCUUCAAGUGUGAACGAGUUGAAGAAAAUUAUCAAUCAGUAGUGAAAUUUGUCACGUUCGAAGCUGGCUGUAAAAACGAUGGAAAGUGUGUCCCCCUUGGUGAUGCGAUUAAAGAUGGCUGUAAUGAGUUAGUAUGCACAUACGACGACUCCACACAGUUGUAUGAUUUCGUCAUCGACUCUAUACAAUGCGACUUCGAAGACCAAUGCUAUGAGAUAGAUGCGGAAUGGGAAAAUAAGGAUGAAUGCACCAAGUUUAAAUGCAUUUACAAUGAAAAAACAAAGAAAGCUGUUGUUCGUGAAAGAGUUGCAGGAUGUCAAAUGGACGGAGGAUGUGUACCUAAAGGAGGGGCUGUCGGAAAAGCAAAAUGUAUUGAAUACGAGUGUAAUCGCAAAGGUGGCUUCGAUUUGAUAAGCGCAGGAUGUCCAGUUAAGGAUGAGUGCAAGAUGAUAAACUCUACAUGGCGCAAGGAUGGGGUUUGCGCUCAAUUUUACUGCAGGCAAGGAGAGUAUGAGGACGGCUAUAUCACAACAAUGAAGAUUAAAGAACUCGAAUGCCGUGAUUUCCAAGGAAAUUGCAUGAAAGAAGGUGAAACAAUCGUAGAUGAUUGCCUCACUUACGAAUGUGGAUCUGACGGCAAAUUAAAGAGAACAGAAUCAGCAUGCAAGUACAAUGGAGUGUGUUACAAUAUUGGCGAUAAAUGGGAAGACAGGGGCAAAUGUAAAGAAUUCACUUGCAAAGCUGACGACAUAGAAGGAGCUGUAUAUUUCGGACUAACAAAUGGAUGCGUAGACUGCGAUGGAGUAUGCUACAAGCCUGGAGAGUUGCGUAGUGUGGACUUUAGCUGCGUCACAGAAAUCUGCGGUGUUGAUCAUGUGUUACGAGCCAAUUUGUGUGAAUACAAAUCCACGUGCUACGAAAUUGGUCAGGAAUGGAUAGAUUAUGACGACUGUCUGACGUUUUCCUGUAUAGAAGACCCUAUCACUGCUGCAGCUGUCAUGGAAGAAGUCCCAUACGGGUGUUUGUAUGAAAAGAAAUGUUACGCUCCAGGAGAACAAAUCAAGAAGGGCUGUGAGACGUUCCAAUGUAUGUCUGAUGGAAAAGGCUUCAACUCUAUAGCCGAAGAGUGUCCAUGGAAAGAUGGAUGCAAAGCUGUUGGUUCAAAAUGGUUCAGUAAAGAUGAGUGUGUCCAAUAUGAAUGUGUUGAAAAAGAAGAAGGAGUGUCAGUUGAGGAAAUUAUUCACGGUUGUGAAGAUGCAUACAGGGAGAAGUGUUGGAGAAGUGGUGCUGAAGUAGCUGAUGUCAAUGGUUGUAUCAAGUUUGAAUGUGUUGACGGCAAGAUGAAGCCUUUAUCAGUUGGUUGUCCCCAUGAUGGCAAGUGUAUGAAUGUAAGUGAGGUGAUUAAGGACGAGAAGGCCUGUAUACGUUAUGAAUGUGUUGUGGAGGAUGAAGGAGCCGGCUUCAUUAAAACAGUGAAGAAGGAAAGACCUGGUUGUCUCGACCACGAAACCUGCUACUGGCGCGGUCAGGAGAAAACAGAGGCUUGUGUGACAUAUAAGUGUUUUAAAAAUGGUUUCCGAAUCGUGGAGGCAGGAUGUGAAUUCCGAGGUAGUUGCAAGUACCUUAAUUCCAAGUGGGAACAUGACAAAAAAUGUUUGACCUUUUCCUGCAUCAAGAAAGAUGACGCUGAAAUUCCAAAAGUGAGAAGGUUUCUUUGGGGCUGCAAAGAUGAGCAAGGUAGAUGCCACAAAUUCGGAAAGCAGCAAAAAAUUAACGAUUGUGUGACUUACGAAUGCGAAAGAAGGAAAGGAUAUGGUGCUAAGUUCUUUCCGAAAGAAGUUGGUUGUCAAUUCCGCAAAAAGUGCAAAGCUGUAAAUGAUGUAUGGGUUAACAAGAAUAAGUGCGUCAAGCAGACAUGCUUGUUCUCCGAGGGAUCAGAUCUUCCGGAAAUCCAGAGUUCACCUUACGGUUGUAGAACUGGCGGACAGUGCUACGCAUUCGGUGAGCGAAUUACUGACGAUGAAAAUCAGUGUGUCACAUAUGAAUGUACCAAAUACGAAAUAUUUUCACCUGUCGAAACCGGGUGCAUGUACCAAGGUAAAUGUAAACGAGACCGUUCCAGGUGGAUCGAUAGGUCAUCGUGCAUCCGUUACAGGUGUAAAUCAGAAUCCGUCAGUCCAUCACAGGUCAUCAUGCACACGUAUGAAGAAAAAGGUUGUAAGGACUUCGAUGGUAACUGUAUGCGUCCUGGAGAGACAACUGUUAAGGACUGUACAACGUACCAAUGUAAUCCAAACCGGGAGACACUCGUCAUUGUUAAAGAAGAUUGUCAAGAUGGUGACCAAUGCAGACCCCUCAAUUCUACAUGGUUUGAUCCAGAAUCGUGCACUGAUUUCAGAUGUAUAUACUCGCCUGUAUUGAAUGAUAUCAUUAUUGAUGCCAAAACAACAGGCUGUAAAAAUGAUGAUGGGCGAUGUUUCCAGAAAGGAGAAAAGAAGGAAGAAGAAUGCAACAAAUUUCUAUGUAACAAAAACUCAAAUUUUAAGCCCGUCGAAGUAGGUUGCAAGUGGAGAAACAAAUGCUACAAGAUCGGCGAGUCGUGGCAGAAGAACUGUGUGGUGUAUACAUGCGAGCUCGUAUCGAAAGGAAUCAACUUCGUGGAAACACAUGUGAAUGCUUCUCAUGGCUGUCUAUGUGACGGAGGUGGUUGUUACAGACCUGGUGAUAAGCGUACCGACGGAUGCCUUGAGUAUGUCUGUCAGGAGGGUGGAGAGUUCGAGAUUUCGAACUUCGCUUGUACAACCGACGAAGGGUGUUUGAAACCAGGGGACUUCUACAUGGAUAAGAAAGAAUGUGUGGAAUACACCUGUAGCAGGAAGACCAGAUCUCUUGAACCAGUGAACCGAAGCUGCAAGUGGAAAGGUGAAUGCAAAGAGAUAGAUGCUAAGUGGUUUGAUAAAGAUCAGUGUCAAGGAUAUAGAUGUGUCUACAGCCCAGCAGACAACGAUGUCAAAAUUGUAGAAAGAGUAGCAGGUUGUCGAGAUGACGAAGGUCAAUGUAAAAGAGCGGGGACGGAACUUGCAACAACCAACGAAUGUGUCAAGUUUAAGUGCCGAGGUGGAGAAUUCAUACCGAUAAAAGUUGGUUGUGAAUGGGAAGGAAAAUGUGCCCCUCAAGGUUCAUCGUGGCUAGAAGAUUGCGUUCAAUAUAGCUGUCAGAUAGAAGAACAAGGACCAACAUAUAUAGAAACAACGGUAGUAGCACACCAUGGUUAG